AGGAACACUUUAUCUAGUCUAAUCUCUUCCACUCUUUCGUGUAAAAAGCCUUUUUUCUAUAAAAUAUUUUCUCAAAUCCCUGAACUGGGAAUAGCGAUAUUUCCGAUAACAAAUAAUAACUAAAAGUCUGCAAAAUUUCAUCUUACAUACAAAUCCAGUCAAGCUAAUAUUAACUAUGUAUAAUUUAAUCAUUUUAUUUAAAUGGUGAAUUUAAUUUGGCAAGGUGAAGGACAAGUACAUAUGUAUUGAUCUUUAUUUCGGCUAAAAAAUCAUAAUUUUUAGUUAGUAAAGUGUCCAGUGUAAAAGUUCUAUCAAAAAAUUUAAUACAAGCUUACAAUAUCCUGAAAAUAUUCAAUACUCACCAUCCUCUUAACUGAUACAAAAAUGGAUUUUUAUCUCUAUGGACUGGACACGUUCCUUACAACUUUUGUCGAAGAAGAAGAAGGUGGCCUAGUUCUAAUCAGUCAAAUUAAGACAGCGUUGUCCAAUCCGGACAAAUUUUACGACGCAUUUUCCCCAGAAGAUGGAAUCGGUUCGUUAAAAUCUGGACUGCAUUAUUUAAUAAAAUUUGUGCAGACACGGGCCGACACAUUUGUCAUGUUUCGCAUGACUAAUUAUCUCCUCCUAAUUACAACUAAAAUCGGGGCGGAUGUGGAAUCUGAAACGCAAAAACUUUCCUUGGAUUGGAAAGAAAAAGUGGGACAAUUCGGGCACGAUGAUAGGAUAAAUAUUGCGUCAAAAUCCAUUCAAGUGGAGGAAGAAAUUAGGGAAGAUUUAAUUCUGGAUUUAUUAAAGAGUGCGAAAUUCCCGGAGGAAACGGCAUCCUGGACAAUUGCUUUGCCAUUUUUGCAACGAAUAAAGUCCAUCCCAUCCGACCCAAAAUUUCUUAGUGAGACCAGCGCAGUUUUAUUGGAGAAAGAGAAAACCUGGAAAGAAUAUGGUGAAGAGGAGAAAACUGUGUUGCUAAAAAUAUUUAGAUAUACGUUGGUUUCCCAAAAUAAUGUGGAUUCCGUGACAAAGUUUUUACUUCAGGUUCUACAAAAUGAAGAGAAAGCUGAGCCGAUAGAGAAACAUGAGAUUGUUCUACUCAUCUCGAAAACCUUGGAGCUUAAAAUUUUCACCGUGAAGACGCCCUUACCCGUCGAAUGUAUCCAAUUCAUGUCCAAUCUUCAACAAGUGGAUUCUUCAACAUCCGUGUUAUCCCAGUUACCAAUUUACCAAUAUUGUCUCGACAUCCUGAAUAAUUCUACGGAUCCAAUCUACAUCGCGUCCACCUCAUCAUUAUUUUUGCAUCCACCUGAAUCAAACCCUGAUGCUGACCAAACCUCCAUAAUUUUCUCAAUAUUUAUAAAAUCUCAGUUUCCUUAUGACAAUUCGGUAUAUGCAAAUCUUCUAAAAGUCUUAGACAUAAAAGGGACGGAUGGAAAGUUAGCAAUUACCAAGGAAAUCUUAUCCUCUCUUAUUACCAUUAUUGAAAAAGACCUAGACACCCCUUCCGACAAAAGAGCCCUUUCCUCUGAACAGACCAAUAACUGCCUAAAAGUUCUAACCACUUGUGGUAAAAAUUCCGCAAAUUUUAGUCAAAAUCCUCCCGAGCUUGUCGCGCUGGUGGGAGAUUUUUGCAUAAAUUUCUUCAACAAAAGUACCAACAAUGGAAAAUCUCUACCAGAGAAAGAUUUCAGUACAGACUUCAUGUUAAUGUUGAAAAACUAUGUAUUAAUUGGGUAUCCAUUAAGUGUUGACACUUUUAAAGGUCUUUACAACCUGCUCACUUUUCCUGACUUCCCUCGGUCUGAGGAAGAAGGGGAGGGCUUAAUUCAGUUUCUUAGCGCUGCCUUAGAUAAAUUUAAAUUUCCUAAGGACACUGUUGAUUGGGAUGUGGCCAUUACAAGUGACGCCAUUGACUCAAAAGGAAUCUUUUUAUCCAGUAUUGGUCGCAAUAUCGAUUUGGACAUACAAGUCGGGGCGUCACUCUUGUUAUCAGUGGCCUCCGAUAACUUAAAUGUUGUCAUGGCGGUUACAGGUUUGCAAGGCGCGUGGCUAAUCACAGGAGUAAUAGGUCGAGAAAUUCUGUCCAAGUAUAAUCAAAAUAUCCUUGACAAAAAAGCUAAAACGAUUGGAGACCAGAGAAAAAAUGUAAUUAUGUCGCUUUUAUUUAAAAAAGAGUAUUUUCCUUUCUCUGGGGAAUUGCUGCUGUACAUUUUCUAUUCCAAGGAGGAAUUAAAUGGUAAAGAUUUGACCUACAUCACCAUGUAUUUCAGAGAUAUUAAAGGUAUCGCACUUUUUGAUACGAUAAAGGAAAUAUUUACAAGGAUUAAGGAUAAGGGGGAGGCUUAUGUGAGUGGAUACGCGGAUUUAUUUGAUCUUCAUGCCACACUGAUUGAUCGGUUUAAGGAUACAAUUAAGGACAACGAGAGUACUUGGGCGGGUUGGUGGUCGGAAUAUGUGUUGAAUGGGUUGGAAAUUAGUGGGGACGAUAAAGUGGAUGAAAGUAGGGUGGAACUUGCAAUCAAAUUAUUGUUCAUUAUUCCUUACAAAGGAGAAAGUAAGACGGAGCUAAAUAUUGACAAGUGGGAUCAUAUUAAGGAACUAUUGGAUAAAUUUUUAAAUUCUGGUGACAUAAGGGACGAUAUUAAAGGAGAUAUUAGGAAGGUAUAUGACAGAAUUGGUGUGAAGUAAAUAUUCAUAUAUUUGGGAAUUUGCAUUAUUGCUGUUAAUUCUCUGGAUAUAUGUGUAGCCAUUGAGAAUCAGCAUUUUUACUUUGUUGAAUUAAUUAAUUUUAUGUAUGUGAGGCAACACUUAAAUUUAAGGGUUAAUUUUAUCGAACCUGUACACAAUCCACUGUCCACAAUGACACAAGAGCGUCCAUAUGAACAUUUGUCGUAUUGGUAUGUUGUCGCGCAGGAAACACCGCGCGUUGAAAAUUCUUGCCAGGGUUUCUAGCAGUCAUACACACCCUGUAACUUACCGGCAUGCAUGCACCUUGCGUAAUACAUAUAUAUAUACAUUUUAUUUAUUUAUUUAUUUAUUUAUUCACAUCAAGCUUGAUUUAAAACAAAAUCUUGUUACGCUUGACGGUAACAUAACUAGUAAUAAAAUUAGAACAAUGUUUGUCAUAUUCGUAUGUACAUACUUAUAAAAAAUGUAGUAAUUGUAAUUUAU